AUGCUCCUGAAUGGCCAGUUGGACCCAUCGGCCACUCUUUCACUUCGCCCUUUUGAACCAUUGCACUCACGUGUGCUCGAUCACCCGGCUGCGACCUGUCUACCUAGUUCGACAUGUUUCAACGGCUUAGUGCACCCUGCCCUCCAGUCAGAUCGAAUGGUUGCCCCUACGCAGCACUCACUUGGGCUGGCGCGACCAACUAAGCAGCGUUGUCCAGUCACGGUCCCUUCAUUCCUGACUGUACAACCGGACUGCCGGGACGCGUCUUCAUGGUACCUACUCGGGCUAGUGUGUCCAGAUGAACCAGACCACCCAGUUGUCAUCUCACCUACCAAGCAGCUCUCUGUUGGUCUUUCGUGGCAAUCACCAGAGUUGUUAUAUUCGGAUGGGUCACCGCCCCGCUCAGAUAUGGCCUCUCCAUCGGGCAUGACACAUCACGCUAGCACAGCACAUCGUGCCGUCAAUUCGAUGUUACCUCAGGCCCAACCGGCCCCCUGGGUUGCCAAUUUGCACCGAACUCCUGAGUCGGUGCGCGCGCUCGAGCCAUACAGCUCGGUUAAGGUCUACACAUCAAUCAUGCAACUCUUCCAGCCAGACUCCUUAGUUGAUGACCCAUCAAGUGUGAGGCCCCUUACUAGCUCAAUACUCUCGCCUGUUCUAUCGGGCCUCCCAGCAGCUUAUUCACAUCGUCCCCAAAAGCUGGGGCACUGGUAUGACCUGUAUCAUCCAGCUAGUGCUGGAUUGCCAUGGUGUUCAGGCUCACGACAAAACUCUCAGCCACAAAGUCAGCGUGUCCGACCCCCGGCUGGGCAGAACUCAGGUCAUGACACUAAUGUGGCGAGCUGGGGCUAA